UCCCGUUCAAACGGGAAAAAUGGCGGGGGCUUCUGAGCAGGUUGUCAUCGCCCCUCCGCUGGACGAAGCGGUAACGGCAGCGACAGCCAGCCAGGCCUCGGUCCGCACCACUCCCCGAGAGGACUUCCGAGUGCGCUGUACCUCGAAGCGGGCCGUGACGGAAAUUCUCGAACUGUGCGGCCGCUUCGUGCAAAACCUCGGGAACGCUUUGCCAGAGGAGAUUCGGGAGGCCGCGCUGCGAGACUUGCAGUGGACUUUUGAAUCAGCUGUGCAAGAGAAUGUCAGCAUUAAUGGGCAAGCUUGGCAGGAAGCUUCAGAUAACUGUUUUAUGGAUUCUGACAUCAAAGUACUUGAAGACCAAUUUGAUGAAGUCAUAGUAGAUAUAGCAACAAAACGUAAGCAGUAUCCCAGAAAGAUCCUUGAAUGUGUUAUCAAAACUCUAAAAGCACGACAUGAAGUUCUGAAGCAGUACCGCCCUGUUGUACAUCCAUUAGAUUUAAAAUGUGACCCUGAUCCAGCUUCUCGUAUGGAAAAUUUGAAGUGCAGAGGAGAAACCAUAGCUAAGGAGAUUAGUGAAGCCAUGAAGACUUUGCCUGUGUUGAUUGAACAAGCUGAUGGAUUUUCCCAAGUUUUAAAGAUGCAGCCUGUUAUCCAGCUCCAGAGGAUCCAUCAGGACGUCUUUUCCAGUUGUGGUGGGAAACUAGAUGCUCAGCCUGAGAGCUCGGUGACACAGAUGGAAACCACACCCACGGAGUCUGCUACUAGGCAGGCCUCCAACCUGGUGCUGAGGAGAAGGCGGACUGCAGACUGCCCCCAGAGAAAGUUGUACCCACUGCGGCCCAAGAGGAUUAACCUGGACACAGAAGCCUCUUCGCCCAUUCCGGGAGCUGAAAACAGGCUCUGUCAACAUUGAGAUUCCAGCCAAAUGCCUAGACAGGGCUUCAUUUAAAACAGUCAAAUAACUGAUAAAAAUAGUGACUCUCUGCUGGGAUAUUAUGUAGUAUAUUUUUUCCUUCAUUAUUUGAUCUGUAGUAGAUGAGUAGUAUUUUUUUAAUUAAAAAUUUUUAAAAUAGUGGCUCAAAGCCAUCAGUGGACACUGCAAGUUUUUACUGUCCUUAAAUGCCAUCAACUCUUGGCUGCCUUGCAGCUUUUGUAAAAUUCCAUGAGAAUCAUAUUCUGCGGAGUUUCCCUGGUAGAUAUCUUUCUUUCUUUCUUUAAAAAGGGGAGGGCUGCCUAAUAGUUAUUUAGUUCUGGAAACUAAUCAUCUGUUCUACACAACAGCAGGUUCAUUGUUUUUAGGUGCAGCUACUUUGUUUGUUUGUGGUGCUGAGCUUUGAACCCAGGGUCUUGGGCCUGCCAAGCAUGACCUCUGCCACUGACUUCCUGGGCCCCAGCCCUGGGUGCAGUUUUAUCACAUUGAUAUGUAGGUGCCGAGGUGGGCUUUGACAUCGUUAUUCUAAAUUCAGCAAAUUUGCAUUUGUGCUAUUAAUUUUAAUGUUGGCAUUUUUUUUUCCUAAGACAGCUAUUAUUUGUACAAGGUUUAAGAAUUACUCUUAAACAUAGGUGUGUUGCCAGUGUUUCUUGCCCACACUUUUUUCAUGGACCUUUUACCACAAAUGAACAUGGAGCUAGUAAUUUCUUUUUAGGUUCUUCAUUUAUUUCUAGAUCCUUCCAUUUGAAAUUAUUUAUCAGAAUAAGACACAGCAGAUUGUCAUUGUGCAACAAAUGCAAUCAUACUGAACUAUUUUGCAUUUUAGGAUGUUUAUAUGUCAAGUGUAUAAUCAUUGGUAGAAGCCUGAAGAAGCUGUAUUACACACACUCUGGACUUUUAACUGCAGUCUCUGAUAGUGUCUCUUAUACUGAAUGCAGGCAAUACUCCUGAUUCACCAGCUGUUUCCUCUCUUGUUGCCUGUAAUAACUGCAUCCGUUUUCAGAGGAAUUAGCUAAUCAAGGCUUAGAAAAGGUGUUCUUCUUUGGCUCAUUGUGUCUUAUAAAUCAUGUUUCUGCAUUUGUCUACUCAGUCUCACUGAAGAAAACUUACCAUGCCACUUUAUUACAUUCGGGCAUUUUAUGUUUGAAUGUUACAUUUCAGAUUUGUAUAUUUGUACAUUGCGCUGUCCCUUUUUUGUAUUAAAAUAAUGU